CAUGAGUUUGCUGACUCGACGACUAGCACUUCUUCCUCACAUUGUACGUACUCGAUUCUUUGCCGUCCCUUCUUGCGGUCUCCACAUAACAGCCCCACAAAUGGCCGACGAGACGCGUCGCAUCAAGAUCUACACUAAGACGGGUGACAAAGGAACUUCGGCGCUGUUUACGGGCGAGCGACGCGCCAAAGAUGACCAAGUAUUCGAGGCUCUUGGAACUACCGACGAACUGUCGAGUUUGUUGGGCUUAGCGAUCGAGUAUUCGGAAGAAGCAGGAAACGGCUUGAAUGAGAAGCUACAAAAGGUCCAAUGCCUGCUGCAAGACAUUGGAUCCAACGUCGCCACACCGAGAGCCAAAGCCAGUGAAGUGAGGCUUGCACGGACGCAGUUCGACCCAGACGGAUUCCUAGUCCAAGAGCUUGAAAGCUGGAUUGAUGAGCUCGAUGAAAGUCUUCCCCCACUAAGAAAUUUUAUUUUGCCGUCUGGCGGAAGAUCGGCGUCAACAUUACACGUUGCUCGCAGCGUCUGUCGACGCGCUGAGCGAAGAGUUGUUCCGAUCGUUCAAGACGGUUUGGCAGAUGAGAGUACACAAAAGUAUCUCAACAGGUUGAGCGACUUUUUGUUCACAGCAGCACGAUAUGCUGCAAAGCACGAAGGCAAACAGGAAACCAUUUAUCGCAAAUUUGCCAAAGAUAAACAAUAGGAAUGAGCAUAGGCUCUGGUUUUGGCGUUCGCGAUGAUCACGGCGGCUGUAGACUGUAGUAGUGCAAGAUUGUGUAGGUUCGUAGAAUAACCAAUAUGCUAGUAUAGCCGAAAUGGUGGAGGCAUUGACGACUAAUAAUUAUAUGCGUGACAAUCAAAAACUGUGACAUUAUUAC